AUGGGAGGAGACGGCGGCUCGGUUCCUACACGGGCUGACAUGGUCAAGACGAAAGGAUACAAGUUCCUACGGAACUUGGGAGGCAUGGGCUACGUCCCGAAUACUCAAGUCCGCGAGAGCGAUGAACGGUUUGGCCGGAACGAGUCCAGAGACUUACAGCUUUCUACGUGUGCGUUGUCGCAGGAGCCGCUGCGGCCGCCAAUAGUUACCUGCAGAUUGGGACGGCUGUACAACAAAGAGGCAGUGUUGACCAAGCUUGUCCAAAAAGCACUUCCCCCACAUAUGAAGCACAUUACCUCCAUGAAGGACAUCAAGCAAUGCAAGGCGGAGAUCAACGAGGCCACUAACUUCCUGGUCUGCCCUAUUUCUCGCGUGGACAUCCGUAGUGGGAUCAAGGCCUCCAUUAUAUGGCCUUGUGGCUGCGUCAUUUCGGCAAAGGCGCUUAACGCAGCGGCUGCCGUAGAAGCCCCAGCAAGUCAAGCAUCGUGUUCCAUCUCGUCUGGCAGCCACAAGGCAUCUCGCACAACUCCGGAAAUGGCUGCAAGCGAGGUAAACUCUGGGAAAGAGAAGGCUUCUGGAGAGGCCUGUGCUGGUCGGCGACUGUGCCUAAUCUGCGGUCAUCCGUAUGAUCCGAUUGAAGAUUUGAUACCUCUUUUGCCGACAGAAGAGGAACAGGAGAAACUGAAAGUUCGACUUGAGAAGCUUGCGCAGGAUAAAGCGGCACAGAAGAAAGCCAAGAAACAACGUGAGUUGGCUGAGAGUGCUGCAGGCCGCGUGGGCUCGUCAAACAGUAAAGUGUCAACAGCUGACAUUUCGAAACCUGCCGUUCACUCGAUCAUUGUGGCCCCGUGUGCCACGAGUACGAAACUGCGGGCUGAUGCCUUCCAUGUGACAACUAGCGCAGACACGAACGAGAAGAAAAAUAAGAGGGGUAGAGACUGGGUGAUCAGUGGAAGCGCCAGCGUCGAUGAUCUACUUGGUAACGUCAAGGUUCCCCGUAAAGGGGAAACAACGUCGGGACGCGCGCCUGCGGCGGUUGUGUAG